UUUUCUAUCUUUUUUUUUUUUUAUAUUUAUAUCUAAUACCUCCCUUUUUUUAUCCGGUUUUUUUUGUACUAUUAAUAAACUCCGUUGUGUAGUAACUUUUUACCCAACAAAGCAUCAUUCGACAUGGAGCAAGAGUACAUUGCCAAAAAGGUGGAGGAUAUCGACUACCAUAAAACAACUGAAUAUUACAAUGAAAAAUCAAGUGAUGUAGAUAUUGAACCUAAUGAUAUUCAAAUUACAGAAGAAGAAGAUUCUCCCAUUGAAGAAGUACGUGCUGUGGUACCAAAUACUGAUGAUACUACUUUACCUAUUUAUACAUUCCGUAUGUGGGUUCUUGGUAUCGUGUUUACUGGUGUGUUGGGUUUUGUUAAUCAAUUCUUUUGGUAUCGUAAAAACUCUAUGACUCUUACAACCUUGGUAGUCCAAUUGUUAUCUUUCCCUAUUGGUAAACUUAUGGAACGCGUGAUUCCUUCUUCUCGAUUCUUCAAUCCUGGUCCAUUCAAUAUGAAAGAACAUGUUUUGAUCACAACUAUGGCCAACUGUGCUUCUCAAACUGCCUAUGCUAUUGAUAUUCUCACUAUUCAAAAACUAUUCUACGAACAAGAUAUGGGCUGGGGUGGUGGUAUUUUAUUAAUUUGGACUACUCAAUUCUUGGGUUAUGGUAUGGCUGGUGUUCUUCGUCCCUACUUGGUUUAUCCUGCUGCUAUGGUUUGGCCUGCUAAUUUGUCUCAAAUCUCUCUAUUCCGAUCUUUACAUAUUGUUGACAAAAAUUGGACUGGACCUACUCGAUUCCAAUGGUUCUUAUAUAUGUUCUCGGGGAUGUUCGUUUAUUAUUGGCUUCCUGGUUAUUUCUUCACCGUACUGACUUUCUUCUCUUGGGCCUGCUGGAUCAGUCCUAACAACGUUGUAUUGGGUCAAUUAACUGGUGGUUAUAGUGGUCUUGGUAUGCUUUCCAUCUCUUUUGAUUGGGAAACUAUUGUUUCUUUCCUUCAAUCACCCUUGAUUGUCCCGUGGUGGGCUAUCGCUAAUGUCGCUGUCGGUUUUGUUAUUGUUGCCUGGAUCAUCACUCCUGCCAUGUAUUACACUGAUGUUUGGGGUGCCAAAACUUUCCCUAUUCUCACUCAACAACUGUUUACUCUCGAUGGUCAACCUUGGAACAACUCUUUGGUACUUACACCCGAAAAAAUCUUAGAUCCUGUCGCCUAUGAAAAAUAUGGUCCUAUGCGUAUGUCCACUUUCUUUGCAAUUACCUAUGGUAUUGGAUUUGCUGGUGUCACCUCUGUCCUCACUCAUACUUUCCUUUUCCAUGGCAAGGAAAUCGUGCGCCAAUUCCGUGCCUCUCGUACCGAAAAUGAAGAUAUCCAUCACAAACUUAUGCGUGCCUAUCCUGAAGUCCCUGGUUGGUGGUACUAUGCUACAUUUAUUAUCUCCUUUGCUGUUUCCUUUGCUGUGAUCUAUUGCUUCCCUAUUGGAUUACCUUGGUGGGGUAUGUUCCUUGCUAUUGGCCUUUCAAUGUUAUUUGUGUUACCCAUUGGUAUUAUUCAAGCCAUCACCAAUCAACAACCUGGUCUCAACGUUAUUACUGAAUUCAUCAUUGGUUUUGCUUUACCUGGACAUCCUAUCGCUAAUGUUACUUUCAAGACUUACGGUUAUAUAUCCAUGUUCAACGCUCUUGUUUUUGUUGGUGAUUUGAAGUUGGGUCAUUAUACCAAGGUACCUCCUCGUGCUAUGUUCCAUGUUCAAAUGUUAGGUACCGCUAUUGCUGGUGUGGUCAAUCUUGGUGUUGCUCGUUGGUUGAUGGAAACUAUUCCUAAUAUUUGUACUGAUGCUGGUUAUCCUUUCACUUGCCCCAAUGCUCGAACCUUUUACUCUGCUUCUAUCAUCUGGGGUGCUAUUGGUCCUAAACGUAUGUUUGCAAGUGAUUCUCCUUAUUCACCUACUCUUUACUUCUUCUUGAUUGGAUUCAUUUUACCCAUCCCUUUCUAUUUCUUGUCAAAACGUUAUCCCAACUCUUGGUUCAAGUAUGUGCAUAUUCCUUUGAUCUUCAACGCUACUGGUAUGAUGCCUCCUGCUGUACCUAUCAACUUUUCCAUGUGGUGUGCUCUCGGUUUUAUUUUCAUGUUCUGGUUACGCCGUUAUAGACAUGAUUGGUGGAUCAAAUACAACUAUAUUACUUCCGCCUCCUUUGAUUCCGCUGUCGCUAUUUGUACUCUUAUUAUCUUUGGUGUUAAUAUGGGUUCUGGUUAUUCACCAAACUGGUUUGGUAAUGGUGGCUGGGAUGUCAAUUCUACUCCUGACAAUUGUCCUAUGGCUAUGGCUAAUUACUAUGGUGAAUGUACUACUUGUUAGUUACCUUCUGUCAUCUAUUCCAUCAUUCAUUUUGCCUAUUUACCUGUAUUAUUUUCUUCUCUUUCUUCUGUAUUAUGUAAUUCUUACUAUUUUAUAUAAAACAUCAAUAAAUCUGAUCUACCAUUCUUUUCUUGAUGAUCCUCUU